CGCGUGGGGCGAGAGCGAUGUCCGCUCGGCUCCGCCACUGCGACUACGCGUGGCAGACGAUGAGGUGACGUCAGCGGGUCCAACUGCACGUGAUGAGCUAUUUCCCAGCGCAAAGCUUAAAUCUCAUCCAGACGAAAUAACUUUUACCGAUUUACGGUCCGGUCCACUUCAGCAAAUGGGUCCACCACCAGAGCGGCCGCCGCCACUACCAGCUCGUUUCUUCGACCUCUAUUCUUCGGCUCCACGCAUUGGGGAUGAUCCGGAGCUCCACGACGGCCGGGAGCGCGGUACACCGCACCAAACUGGGCGCUGGCCGACUCAUGUGUUUGUCGAAUGGCUCCCGCCGGCCGAUUUGGCGGACUCGUUAGAGCGGAUACUUCCGGCAGAUGCUUCUUCGCUUCUGCAUUCGCCUUAUGGGGCGCAGCUGCCUCUGCACGUCUCACUCUCGCCGCCGCUGAUGCUGGCGACUGACGACAAAGAGCCAUUUUUAGAGUCGCUGUGGGAGGCGAUAGACGAUGUUUCGUCAUUCACAAUUACGUUUACCGGUCUCAGAUGGCUUACGAAUACAGCUGGCACCCGCGAGUUUUUGGCGCUGGCAGUUACGGAGUCGCAGGAGCUCAUCCGGCUGCUCGAGCAAACCGCGUCCGUGUGUAGAUCAAUGGCCUACGAAACCUUCUCACAGAAAAACCCGCAGCUCCAUGUUUCGAUAGCGUGGAGGCUUCCAGGGAACGCCCGGGAAGGAUCCCAGGAAGAAGUGCCGGUCCUUGCGCAGGAGCUUCUCGACUCGCUCAGAGCGGACGUUGAUACAGUCAAAGUCAAAAUAGGACGCGUUAUCCACCGGAAAAGUCUGUAAAUCUAAUGUCAUUAUCUGGUCGUUGUAUCGUUACUCGUAAUGGUAGUCGUAGACGCCCUGAGCUUUUCUUCGGCUGGUGAUAUGACGCAGUCCGCGUGGGGUGACGUAAUUGAAACCAAAUUUUGAAACUGAACCGUCUGCAUGCACCCAAACCGAACCGGCGCUCGCGAGCACAUGCACG